CGCGCGCGAGGACCUGACUCACAUCGUUCCGCUCAGACUAAGAAAUACCAAAGGAAUUCGACUGUUGACCCUCGAAAUUUAGUUUUCAUGACUUAAAUGUUAAGUUUAUUGAGUUCAAGAGCGUCAUUCGCUACUAAACUUAUGUUUUAGUGUAUUUUCUACUGAAAUAACGGUCAUUUGUUAUCUGAGGAGAACUGUCGUUGUCCUGACUCACAAACGGACACGCGCGGGUUUAUCAGGAGGUGUCAAGUGCGAGUGACGGUUAUUCUUUGCUGGAUUUCGCGCUUGUUCGUACAGUUUUGCGGUAAUAUUAUGGUGGCAAAUUGAAACAUGUGAAGCUGUUCAUAUUCCAGGAAUGGAUCUCAAAAGGUGUCCCAUAACUACAGGUUUCGUAUUAAACUGUGGGUUCAAUCUUCAUAAGCCUUUUCCCGGUGAAUAAUAAACACUGCCAAAAUGGACACAUGGACGUUUAUGCCCAACUCCAACCUAUCCCUCCCUGACCGCUUGGUGAAUAAUAGCUUCUUCCCAGGGAACGAGUCUGACUUUGGCCUGGAGAUUUACCCUCACAAUAGCACCAACCAUGGCUUUGACCAAACAAGUUCAGUCGUCAUCACAUUUGUGUACUUUGUAGUCUGUGCGGUGGGACUGUGCGGGAACACGCUGGUCAUUUACGUCAUCCUGCGUUACGCCAAGAUGAAGACUGUCACGAAUAUAUACAUUUUAAACCUGGCAGUGGCGGAUGUCCUUUGCAUGCUAAGUCUACCUUUCAUUGCGAUUCAGCUCUUGCUUCUCCACUGGCCCUUUGGAUCCGCGAUCUGCCGCGUCGUCCUAACCGCAGACUCCAUGAACCAGUUCACCAGCAUCUUCUUUCUAACCGUCAUGAGCUUUGAUCGCUACCUGGCCGUGGUGCAUCCGAUCAAAUCCACCAAAUGGCGAAAGCCACGCAUGGCCAAAACCAUCAGUCUGGCCAUGUGGAGCGUGUCUCUCUUGGUCAACCUACCAAUUAUGAUCUACAGCGGAGUGAACUUGAAAAGAAACGAGGCUCGGACGUGUACCAUGUUGUGGCCGGAGCCACAGAACACCUACUACACCGCGUUUAUCUUCUACACCUUUUUCUUGGGCUUUUUCUUACCGCUGAUCGUCAUCUCCAUGUGCUACCUGCUAAUCGUCAUAAAGGUGAAGUCCUCUGGCAUGCGGGUCGGCUCCACCAAAAGAAAGCGUUCAGAGCGGAAAGUCACCCGUAUGGUUUCUAUCGUAGUGGUCGUGUUCGUGCUCUGCUGGUUACCUUUUUACGUAUUCAACGUGACCUCAGUGACCGGAACCGUUCCCACAACACCUGUGCUGAAAAGCACGUUUGACUUCGUGGUGGUGUUGGGUUACGCCAACAGCUGCGCCAACCCAAUCCUCUACGCCUUCUUGUCGGACAACUUCAAGAAGAGUUUCCAAAACGUCUUGUGUCUGAAAAGAGUCGGUGGCUUGGAUGAGAUCGACCGAAGCGAUAGUCGACAGGACAGGACUCGAAUGGUCAACGACGUCAUGACGGAAACGCAAAACGCUGCGUUGCUCAAUGGAAACCUUCAGACCAGCAUCUGAAAAAAUGUUACAUGAAAUUUGUCCUUUGAAGAAAGUCAAAGACUACCUGUCAGAAACUACA